GCCAUCCGCAACGGCGGUCCAUAAGGAAUCCUUAGCAUUAAUCCUUAAGAUUAAUGAAAUAUAAUAAUAAUAUUUUGGCUUAACUAAUGAAGGAUCAGUCUUUCAAGAAGGAUUGGAAGGACUUGAUCCUUAAUACACGUGUCUCCUUACCCUCCUCUUUCUCCCUCGCUCUCUCUAUCUCUCCUCCCUGGCGCUCUCUCAAUCUCUCCUGGCUCGCCCCAUCAUCGCCCACCAUGGCUCCUCUAUCAUCUUCCUCUUCUUCUUCGUCGCCCAACCCUAGACUGAUCCCUUGGUCCCGCGAACUAUGCGCCGUCAACACCUUCUCCCAGCCAUCGGUCUCGUCUGAACCAACUGCUAAGCUAGCGAUCUCAUCCGAUCCCAAUCGAGUUCUCACCUCAGGUUCCGUCGCAGCCGCCACAUCGAGAAUUGGGGCUUUUGCUGGAUUAGGUCAACACUAUGCUCGUUGCUAUUGGGAUUUUUCUAAAGCUCGACUCAGGAAGCAAGAUGAUCAGUGAAAGAUCAAAACAAUGGUUUCUCUGACUAAAUCCAUUUGCUGGAAGGUUGUGGCAAAGACGGUUGACUCCUCGGGUAGAGGACUCGUGAUAUAUCAAAAGCCAACUUCAGAGUCUUGCUAUAACCACCUCUUUGUUCUAAAGAGGAAGUAAAUGCUUCGUGGAAUGCUCCUCUCCGCCAAUGCAUCUCGAAGUUACCGAGUGGAGGUGUCCAAAAGUGGCCUGAGCUAUGGCCUAAACGGCUUGUGAGUGUAAAGCCUCAAAGUGUUUCGGCUGACACAAACACAUCCAAGAAAGAUACAGAGAAAUGGUCAGAGAUUGUAUCUGAUGUCUAUCUUGAACGUUUAGCUGUAAACUGGUUUAGCAUGAGAAAUGUGAUGGACAUGAAUGCUAGUUUUGGCGGAGAAGAACGAAGUAGGUGAAGUCUCCGCCAAGAUAACUCAGUUUCACCGAUGAUCACAUCAUACAUGCAAGAUAACCCAUCAAUGUUUGUGUCUCGAGCUUCCAAGUUCCUACUCUCUGUUCUCGUCUUGAUCCAGCUUCUACCUACUCAACUCCUUGCUCAAAGAUCCAAAUCUCCAUGGCAGACACUCACUGGAGAGGCUCCUCUUGUCAUUGCACGUGGUGGGUUUUCUGGGUUGUUUCCAGAUUCAAGCUUCAAUGCUUACAGUUUCGUAGCAUCCACAAGUGCUCCCGACGCUGUCUUGUGGUGUGAUGUGCAACUUACAAAGGAUGGAGUUGGGAUUUGCUUCCCUUAUGUGACCAUGUAUAAUGAUUCUAACGUCCAAGGUGCUUACCCUAAAAAGAAAAACUCUUACCUUCUUAAUGGAGUCCCUACUCAGGACUGGUUCACCGUUGAUUUCACCUCCAAGGAUCUGAACACCGUGUUCUUGACCCGAGGAGUAUUAUCACGGUCAAAUGCAUUUGAUAACACCCAAAACGUGAUUUCAACGGUUCAAGAAGUAGCUUCAGAGUUCAAACCUGCAGGGUUUUGGUUGAAUGUUCAGCACGACGCUUUCUACACGCAGCACAACCUCAGCAUGAGCAGCUUUCUUCUAACAGUAUCCAAGACUGUGAUCAUUGACUACCUAUCUUCCCCUGAGGUGUCUUUCUUCCGGAACAUAGGUGGCCGGUUUGGUAAAACCGGACCAAAGUUUGUAUUUAGGUUUCUAGACAAAGAUGACGUUGAGGUGUCGACUAAUCAAACCUAUGGAUCUCUCAUGAAAAACCUAACAUUCAUCAAGACCUUUGCUUCUGGUGUUCUUGUUCCCAAGUCUUACAUAUGGCCGGUGAAAGACCAGUACUUGCUUCCACAUACAUCAUUUGUUCGAGAUGCUCACACAGCAGGGUUACAAGUGUAUGGAUCAGGUUUUGCAAAUGAUUUUGAUAUAGCGUACAACUACAGUUAUGAUCCGUUAACUGAGUACUUAUCAUUCAUGGACAACGGGGACUUCUCUGUGGAUGGUUUUCUAUCUGAUUUUCCAUCAACCGCAUCCUCAGCUGUUGACUGUUUCUCCCAUCUUGGAAGUAAUGCUUCAACACAAGUGGAUUUUCUUGUUAUAUCGAAAAAUGGAGCAAAUGGUGACUACCCUGGCAGCACUGACUUGGCCUAUUCAAAGGCUAUCAAAGACGGUGCCGAUAUCCUCGAUUGUGCGGUUCAAAUGUCAUCAGACGGGAUCCCUUUUUGCUUAAACUCAACCAAUCUUGGAGAGAGCAUGAACAUUGUCCAAACUCCUUUCAGAAACCGCUCAACAACUGUUCCUGAGUUUAACUCACUUGCUGGACUAUACAGCUUUAAUUUGGCAUGGUCUGAGAUUCAGACCUUGACACCUGCUAUUUCAAACCCCUACAGCAGGAAUUUUCACAUGUUUAGGAAUCCGAGGGAGAGAAGUUCAGGGAAGCUUGUUUCACUCUCCGAGUUCCUGAACUUGGCGAAUAACUCCAGCUCACUAGUUGGUGUUUUGAUCAACGUUGAGCAUGCAGCAUACCUGAGAGAGAAGCAAGGACUCGACGUUGUUAAAGCAGUUCUAGACACACUCAAAGAAUCUGGUUACAGCAACGCGACCAAAAGGGUUAUGAUUCAGUCAUCUAACAGCUCAGUCUUGGUCGACAUCAAGAAACAGAGCCGGUACGAGACAGUGUACCAAGUGGAAGAAACAAUCCGCGACAUCCAAGACUCUGCGAUCCAAGACAUCAAGAAGUUCGCUGACGCUGUUGUCGUCGGAAGAUUUUCGCUCUACCCGAUCAGCGCUAGCUUCAUCACCGGUCAGACUAAUCUAGUGGAGAGGCUACAGAAGUUUAAGCUUCCGGUUUACGUUGAAACGUUCCGGAACGAGUUUGUCUCUCAGGCGUAUGACUUCUUAUCUGAUGCGACUGUGGAGAUAAACACGCAUGUUACUGGAGCUGGUGUCAGUGGAACCAUCACUGAGUUCCCUCUCACUGCCGCCAGAUACAAAAGGAACAGGUGCAUGGCCCGCAAAGACACGCCUGUUUACAUGAUCCCGGUUCGGCCAGCUGGCCUGUUAGAAAUCGUGAGUCCUACUUUUUUACCUCCAGCUGAAGCACCAAACCCGGUUUUCACAGAUGCUGAUGUCACUGAACCACCACUUCCUCCGGUCACAGCCAAAGCUCCAACCACCAGCCCUGGACCCUUACCAACUGAUAAAAAAGCUCCUAACGGACAAACACGAGUCACUCUAUCUGUUUUUCUUUCUGCAUUCGAUGUGGUUCUUGCCUCUCUUCUACUUCUGUGAUCACUAUUGACUGAAGUCCUCAGAAACUUGUUACCUCCUAACGGCUCUUGAGAUUCUUGAUUUCUAUUGGGGUUUUUGUUUGUUCAUAUUCUUAUAGUUAUCAUGGGGAUUUGUUAUUGUAGCAUUAUUUAUUGUAAUGUUAAGACUCUUGUGUGCUUUGUAGUAUUUAUGAGACUAACAUUAUUGCUUGAUUAAA